AUGGCCGACUCUCCUGUCCCGCCCAAUGCCGACAGCCAGGCGACUGACGGCGACGUUGCCAUGGCUGAGGCUGCUGCCCCCGAGGUCUCUGCCCCCGAGGCCUCUGCUCCCGAGCAAAAGAAGGAUAUCAAGUUGGAGGACCUGUUCGACGAUGCGGACUCAGACGACGAGUUUCCCAGCUCAAAACCGCAAGAAACUCCUGAGAGUUCUCCUGAGAUCCUCACGCCCCCCUCUCCAACAGAUAUCGCACACAUGAAGGCUUCCGACCCCGAAAUCAUGCGCAGCUUCUACCAGCGCUUGUUUCCCUGGCGAUACCUCUUCCAGUGGCUCAACCACAGCCCCUCCCCGACGAACGACUUUGGCCACAGAGAGUUCGCCUUCACACUGCAGAACGACGCAUACCUACGAUACCAAUCUUUUGCGACACAUGACCUCCUCCGCAAAGACGUCCUCCGCCUCAUGCCCUCCCGUUUCGAAAUCGGCCCCGUCUACAGCACCAACCCCCGUGACCGCAAGACCCUCCGCAACGCCAGCGCCUUCAAGCCCCUCGCCAAGGAACUCUGCUUCGAUAUCGAUUUGACGGAUUACGACGACAUUAGAACGUGCUGCGACAAGGCCAACAUUUGCAUCAAGUGCUGGCAGUUCAUCACUAUGGCGAUUAAGGUGGUUGACGUUGCCCUGCGGGACGACUUUGGUUUCAAGCACAUCAUGUGGGUUUACUCUGGACGAAGAGGUGCCCACGCGUGGGUUUGCGACAAGAAGGCCAGAACGAUGGGCGACCAGAUGAGGCGGUCGAUCGCAGGGUAUCUCGAGGUCAUCAAAGGUGGAGCGCAAAGUGGAAAGAAGGUCAACCUGUGGCGGCCAUUACAUCCCCAUGUCCAACGAAGCUUGGACACGCUUAUGCCACACUUCCAAGAAGACGUCCUCGAAAACCAGGACCCCUGGGCCUCUAACGAACGCGCAGAGCGCCUGCUACAGCUCCUUCCGGACAAGACGCUCAUCGACAACCUCCGCAAGAAGUGGGACGCCUCCCCCGGCCGGUCUUCCAUCAAUAAGUGGGCCGACAUCGACGCCGUCGCUAAGACGAGCGCUGGCAAGAAGUUUGACGCGAGGGGGCUUCUGGACGCAAAGCAGGACAUUCUCCUCGAGUACACGUACCCACGCCUCGAUAUCGAGGUCAGCAAGAAGCUGAACCAUUUGCUCAAGUCGCCGUUCGUCGUGCACCCCGGCACCGGCAGGGUGUGUGUACCCAUCGACACCAAGAACCUCGAGUAUUUCGAUCCCCUGAGCGUGCCAACGGUGCAAGGCUUGUUGGCAGAGAUUGAUGCGUGGAAGGGAGAGGAGGAGGGCGACGGGGCGCAAAAGAGUGUGCAGGACUGGGAGAAGACGAGCUUGAAGCCGUACGUGGAGCAAUUCCGGUCCUUUGUGAUUGGGUUGAUGAAGGACGAGAGGGAUAGCAAGGUCAAGAGGGAGAGGGAAGACGACUCGAUGGAAUUCUGA